GAACCUUUGUGAAGCUAUGAGGAGAGAGUGCGGACUCGAGGAGUAGAAUAGGGCGUUGCACUGUACGGCAAUGGGGGAACGGAUUUUCUUCGCUCCGAGUUCGCAAGCAAAGAUGUUGCCGUCCCUUCAGGAAUCCGUAGACGGAGAUGAAAGGGAGCUGGAGAGCAGCGAGGAGGGAGGCGGCUUACCGGAGGAACAGAAACCGGAGCGUAGCAGCAACAGCUAUCACUGCUUGUACGGCUACCGAGGCUGCCGGUUACACCAGGGGACAGGCAGUAACGAUGGGAGUCCAAGCAAAUUGUCAGCUGAAACGCCUUCUUCAGAUGACUUCAGCCUUUCAUUGGUGGACACUAAUUUACCAACUGAAGCCGAGGUGGAACUGCGCAGUUUGGUCGCCAAGCAUCUUAAUAAGGGAGCUUUCUUUGAGGGGAUGGGCAAUGUUGUAUCAGUCGAGUUGAGUAUUCCAGAAAGUCGAGUUGGUUGUUAUUACUGCCUGUUCCAGCCAGAAAAGUAUGCAGAAAGAGCAAAUCCCGAAUCAAGCCAGAAUCCCUUGGAGUACGUGAUCUGUUUUUUGGGAGGCUCAGAAAAGGGGCUUGAAUUAUUCAGACUGGAGCUUGAUGGAUAUAUUCAAGAUCUGAAGAAUCGUUUAGAUUCAAAGCAAAGCAACCUGGAGACCUGCAUUAAACCGCUCCUGAGAACUUGGUUUGAGGAUUUGGUGUGCCCUAUUCAGAGGAUGGUGAAGCUUUUCCAGGAGAAACUUGCCUUUGUGCUACAUGCUGCUCUGAGUUGCACUCCUGUUGAAGUGAAUGGAUCUGAAGAAAAGGCAGAGAAGGAUAUUAACAGGUUUCUUCAAGCAGCAAGUCUUCAAGAUCUUGUCCGGGAAACUACAAUGACUUCCUUAUGUACAGCAGCAGCAACAGAGGAGCAGUGCAAAUCGGUGAUGAUUGACUUGAAUGGGCCACAGCCUUGCUUCCACAGGGCAGGAACAAAUAAGUUCUGUGAAGACUGGACACAAGCAUUUCUGAAUGUUUCCGAAGGGGGGAAUCCCUUCCUUUUUCGGCAAAUACUGGAAAACUUUAAAUUGAAGGCCAUACAGGACAUCAACAACCUGAAGCGGUUCAUCCGGCAGGCAGAGAUGAGCCAUUAUGCUUUGUUCAAGUGCUACCUGUUUCUGAAGAACUGUGGUAGUGGAGAUGUGCUCUUGAAGAUUGUGAAAGUAGAAUAUGCAGAAAUGCAGGAAGCCAGAAAUGUCAUCAGUGUCCUGGAAGAAUUCAUGAGAGACCAGCUUGUAGCUUAAAUCCUUCUUCUGAACAGAGGGUGACUUGUACAAUACCAAACCAGUGUGUAUCCAUGUAGAAUCACAGUGGUUAAGUAGGCAGCAGGUGAGCUAUUUUGUUUUAAAUCAUGUGCACUCACCAUGGAGAGCUGCACUCAGUCCCAGCUCCUCACACUACACAAACAUGUUGUCAAAAAAGAAAGAAAAAAUCCUCUCGCAGCAUAAACUGUGAGGUUGAGUUAAAUAGGUAUUUGUUGGUGUGGGAACAAGCUGAGUAUUCAGGGGCUCACUCUCCUUCCUGCUUUCUCUUCUCUGUCUGGCUUGUGAAACCACAGCUUGUUUCCUUAUGGUGUCCAGAUUGUGGUUUUAAGCUUUCCUUAGAAACCGCAGUCGAAAGUAGGAUCAGUCCGUAGUUUGCAGCCCCUGCAUGUUAGGCUGCAACUUCCCAUAAGGGCCAGCUGCCGUCAACAAAGAACAAUGGGUUCGCUCUAGACUUCAGCAUAGUGUGGACCCAGGCUCUACUUCCUGGAGACAAAAUAAACAUAAGUGGUUUUGUUGGCACUAAUGGCUUGUGGGGGAGGGGGUGUCAGAGUAGAUGCCCAAAUGGCUUAUUAGAGGAUACAUGUAUGGAUCUCGUCUAGCCUAGAGCACCAUAGUUGCAAAUGUGGAUCAGGUGGAUGGAUUUUCUCCCAUUGUGUCUUGCUGACCUAUAGACGCAGGUCUCACCCCAGCAACAAGCUACUUACAUUUAUGUAUCUAUCCCCUCUCAGUCUAUCAUGGUGGCUGAACUUGGAGCCCCAAAUAAAUUACACAUUGGUCAAAUGACUUAUUAAUUAUUUAUAUUUGUACUUGUAAAACCUGGCCCCGUUUUGACAAGUUGUGGAUAUGGGGCUUUGGUUGAGGUACGUUUAUAUCGACCACUCAUGGGGGGGGCGGGGGGAAAGCUGAACAGUACAUCCGAAAUAAAAUCUCUGCACUGUGCAUAAAAUUGUUAGUGCAAAACUAUACUUACAUACACAAUAGAAAAAUAUUUUGACAUUUCUUACAUCAUGCUGCUUUGCAAGUACACUAUUUGCUUGAAUAGCCCUUGAUGGGAAAAGCACGUUCUAUUCAGCAUAUGUUUAAGGCAGAAUCACUUCAUUUGGUGCUAUAACAAUAAGACAUGGAAGAAGAUACUAACUGCGUAGGAAAAUAAAGAGGGUUCGUACUUUUGCAUUUGUUAAUCAGUGUAUGUUGUGGGGCAGUGAAAUCAACACAGUGACUAAUGAAUAUUAAAUUUGGUGAAAAUUAAUGUACUUUUGCUGUAUAAAUUCAAUCUGUAAAAUUCCAUGAGCUCUGUGAUACUGAUUUGCAUUCUAUUUGGAGACUCUUGGAGAACCUCAGAAAGCUUUCUUUAAUGCAGGACUAUUGAUUAAUUAGGCUAUUAAAUGCAUUCACCUUC